CAUGGCAGGGCGAGGAGGAGGGCGAGGAGGAGGGCGAUGACAAGGACAAGGAUCGAACAAGCAUGACGGCAAGGGAUGGGCCUCAACGGAUGUCUUGAAAGACUUGACAGGGGUUUACAACUCACUUGGUCCUGAGCACCUUGAAACUUAAGACGGGGGGGAUGGUAACAGAAGCAGAUAUGCAGUGGUUGAUCCAUGGUUCAUGACAGCCCUGAUACAACAAGAUGCACGUUAUGAAGCGCAGGCAAGUGCCAUGAUGUCAGAGAGAGCCAGCAGCCGAACGGUCUCCGUCACGGAGAUGAAGGCGUUGCUGCAGGAGCAAAGCAGGAAGCUGCAGGCGCUUGCUGACAAGCUCAGCGCUUCCUCUCCGUUGGUGGGUGAGAAUGAGCAGAAGGAGAGAGAGACUUUGGCCAUCAUGCGCAAGAACUCGAUAUUGGAUGCGAUGGUAAACCAGAACGAGAAGCUUGCGUUGAUCGCCGACAGGAUCCUCGAUCAACUUGAUAGUGUGGCCUUUGCAGGAAGGAAGAUCCAAGAGCUCUUCGACACCAUUGACACGGAUGCAAGCUACGAUCUGAGCAGAGACGAGUUUGAAAACUCUCUCAAGAACCUGGGAUUCCAUAUAGAGAAACGAGACACGGACCUGGUCUUUCAGUUGCUCGAUAAAGACGGGAACGGAAAGAUCGAUAGGAACGAGUUCACUCAAUGCCUGAUGCAAAGGAGGUGCCGGCGGCAGAUAUCGAACUGGGUCGACAGCCUGGGGCUGAACAAGCUGAUAACGUUGAAGCUUAUGCAAGGAAUCCAUGAGGACGAAACAGACCCCUUGCAGUUCUUGAUGUAUAAGCCCAGUGCCAUCCAGCAAAGUCUGAACUCAUUGAAAGAGGACAUCGAAAGAGUAAUGAAAUCCUCUCUGGACA